GGGAAAAAAAAUAAUGUUACACCAUGAUGCUAAUUUCUUAUCUACUCCCAGAAAAACAUGAAAGUGGAGGGCUAAUCGAAGGGCUGAAUCUCUCAAAUUUCGAGCGUUCCAUGGCACCGGUGACUGAAAUUCGGGAUUUUCGGAUAUUUGUUGCAACUUGGAAUGUGGGAGGGAAGACACCCAACAGUGACAUGAACCUGGAAAAUUUCUUGCUAAUGGAGAGCUCUGCAGAUAUAUACGUCUGUGGGUUUCAGGAAAUUGUUCCACUCAAUGCGGGAAAUGUUCUAGUACUUGAAGACAAUGAACCUGCCGCAAAAUGGCUGGCCCUUAUAAACCAAGCACUGAGCAGGCCGCAUCACGAUUCUAUCCACUCUUCUCCUGACUCUGGCCAUGGUUCGAAACACUCUAACAGCAAUAACUCGAAGGAGUCAAAAUCUUCUGCCAGUCUUCACUUUUUCAACAAACCUGCUCUCAAAGUCCUGAGUAAGAAUUUCAGGGCUGAUAGUAGCCUUCUGAAGACUUGCAACUGUCCUGUUGAUUCGACAACUCGGGAGAAGCGAAGGCAAAAGAAGCUUAGUGAUUUAACAAAUAAACUAGACCUUGGUCCUCUUCCUGUGCGUCCUGAUAGUAACGUUGAUGAGUUGGUUGCACUUUCUGAUAUGUCCCCACCUUUCUCGGCUGGCCAGAUGGGUUACCGCCUUAUAGCUAGCAAGCAGAUGGUUGGAAUUUUCGUCUCAGUAUGGGCUCGAAAGGAGUUAGUGCCAUACAUUGCUCAUCUCAGGGUUUCCUCCGUUGGAAGAGGAAUAAUGGGACGCCUUGGCAACAAGGGAUGUAUAGCAGUAAGCAUGUCCUUGCACCAAACAAGCUUUUGCUUCGUUUGUAGUCACUUAGCUUCUGGCGAGAAGGAAGGCGAUGAGCUCAAGAGAAAUGCCGAUGUUACUGAGAUCCUUAAAGGCACACAGUUCCCCAAGAUUUGCAGAACUCCGAAUCAUCGAGCGCCAGAGAAUAUCAUUGAGCAUGACCGAGUAAUAUGGCUUGGAGAUUUGAAUUAUCGGGUAGCUUUGAGCUACGAGAAAACAAGGACCCUUUUGGAGGAUAAUCAUUGGGACACCCUUCUGGAGAAAGAUCAGUUAAAUAUGGAGAGAGAAGCCGGAAGAGUAUUCAAUGGUUUCAAAGAGGGACGGAUACACUUUGCUCCUACUUACAAGUAUUCGCAUAAUUCAGAUUCCUACGCUGGAGAAACAGUCAAAUCCAAGAAGAAACGCCGAACCCCUGCAUGGUGUGAUAGGAUAUUAUGGCACGGUUCAGGCAUUGAGCAAUUAUCUUAUGUUCGUGGAGAGUCAAGAUUCUCAGAUCACAGACCUGUUUCUGCUGUCUUUUCUGUUGAGGUAGAAGUAAGAAGAAAAUACGAUAACAGAUUCAGGAAAGGCUAUUCCUGCGGCGGAAAGAGAUUGGACUAUGAAGAUUUCAUGCCUAAAAGGCAUAGCUUCUAUGAGCUCUAACUGAGAGCGUCAUUUGUUUAUUUUGUUUAGAUCAUAA